AUGUUGUUAUAAUCUUCCUACUAUAAAUGCAAUAGCUAUUAUUUUACCUGGUGAAGGAUUUGUUCCUGAAGCUAUACGUAAUAUUAUGCUUAGAUUACAUGGAGGUUCACUUAAAUGUAUUCAUGAAUGUCAUCCUGCAUAUUUACCACUUCACUAUAUUCUUCUCUUUCCACAUAGUGAGCUUGGAUGGUAUCCAGAAUUAUCUAAUUUUUCAAAUAAUAAUCAGAACUAUACUGAAAAUCAAGUGAAUGAAGAAGAUCAAGACCAGAUUUUAUAUACAUUACAAGCUGAUGUUUAUCAAGGAUUAGCAAAUAUAAUAGGAAAUCGUGCAAAUGAAGAAAUUUCAUUAAAUAAUUUAGAAAGACAUAUAAUUCUUCCUUUAUCAUAUAUUGGAAAUAUAUUUGAAACUAUGAUAGCAAAUCUAAAUUGGCCAGAAAUUACUAAUGAAUUACUACUUGGCCAAAUUGCAGCAGAUCGUCCUGACUUAGUAACACAU